GAAACACCCUGUGAGUCUAGGAAACAACACUGAUGAUGUGUCCAAGGUUGUGCAUCAGAAGAUGUUUCUGUAACUGAAAAUUUCUGGGAGCACCAGUGACAACCAGGAACAGACUGGGUGACAACCAUGAAGAGUGUGGUGACAGCUGGAGAGACAGAUGACAGCCGGAAAGACGGCAACCCGGGGUGGAGAGGGUUGGCAGCCCAAACCACUUCUUCCGAGAGGAAGAACCCAAAGCAAGCUACAAAACCUUCAAAGAAAAGAUACCCCCCGGGGUGCCCGAGAGGGGGGGAGGAUGAGCACCCCGAUAGGACGGACCUAAGAACGACGACACAGGACAACGAAAUAACGACAACGACAGUACAGUGCAUCUGCGGCAAGAGCUGCAAGAACGAGAGGGGCUUACGAAUCCAUCAAGGCAGGAUGGGAUGUCUGAAAGCAGCAGCGAUGACGACACAUCGCACAGAAGUCACAACUUCUGGUAAGACGCAGGAGGAGCCAGGCCCGGAGGCAACCCACAGUGCCCGGAGCCUCCUAGUGUCGCCAACACCUGCUGCCAGCCGUUCGCCUGUUACCCAAAGCUGCCCUCAAGUGACAGCACCUCCUGACAGCCCACAGAGCCCCCAAAGCCGGCAAGUGGCAGCAACAAGAACUGGCGGUGCCCCUUUGGCUCAACCAAGGAUCCAGUGGCCCCAAUCCUCAAAGAAAGCUGAGUGGCACCAGUUCGAUGAAGACGUGAACCAGAUCCUGGAAGUGACAGCUAAGGGGGAUGUGGACCAUCGAUUGUUAACGAUGACCACUCUCAUAGUGAACAUUGCAGCUGAGCGAUUUGGAUCUGUGGCACCCAAACCCACUCCAUCGGCAUACACUGCAAGCCACAGAGUGAGGAAAAUCAAAUGUCUCAGGGAAGAACUCAAGCUACUAAAGAGGCAGUACAAGGCAGCAGGGGAAGUAGAGAGAGCUGGCCUAGCAGAUCUGAGAGGAUUCCUGAGGAAACAACUUUUGACCCUUUGUAGGGCAGAGUACCACAGGAGGAGGCGGAAAGAGAGAGCAAAGAAGAGGGCAGCAUUUUUGGCCAACCCUUUCAAAUUGACCAAGCAGCUUCUUGGCCAAAAGAGGACUGGCCAACUCACCUGCUCCAAGGACGCGAUCAACAACCACCUCAAGGCCACCUACUCGGACCCGAACAGAGAACGACCAUUAGGGCCAUGCGAUGCACUGCUGACACCACCAGAGCCCACAGUAGAGUUCAACCUGAAGGAGCCCUGCCAGAGUGAAGUGGAGGAAGUGGUGAGGAGAGCAAGGUCAAGCUCAGCACCAGGCCCAAGCGGAGUGCCUUACAAGGUAUACAAGAACUGCCCAAAGCUUCUACACAGACUCUGGAAGGCCCUGAAGGUCAUCUGGAGAAGAGGCAAGAUUGCCCAGCCAUGGAGGUAUGCUGAGGGAGUGUACAUUCCAAAAGAGGAGAAGUCUGAGAACAUCGACCAGUUUCGUGUCAUCUCCUUGCUCAGCGUGGAGAGUAAAAUAUUCUUCAGCAUUGUGGCCAAGAGACUCUCCAACUUCCUGUUGAGCAAUAAAUACAUCGACACGUCUGUGCAGAAAGGAGGUAUUCCGGGAGUCCCAGGGUGCCUGGAACACACAGGGGUGGUAACCCAGCUCAUCAGGGAAGCAAGAGAAGCCAAGGGGGACCUGGCCGUGCUGUGGCUAGAUCUCACCAAUGCAUAUGGCUCAAUACCCCACAAGCUGGUGGAGGUCGCACUGGAGAAACACCACGUUCCUCAGAAGGUUAAAGGCCUCAUCCUGGACUAUUACAACAAGUUCAGCUUGAGGGUCUCCUCUGGCCAGUUAACAUCAGAUUGGCACCAGCUUGAGGUAGGGAUAAUCACUGGUUGUACCAUCUCAGUGACUCUCUUCGCGCUGGCAAUGAACAUGAUGGUCAAGGCAGCCGAGACAGAGUGCAGAGGUCCCCUCAGCAAGUCCGGAGUAAGGCAACCUCCCAUUAGAGCCUUCAUGGACGACCUCACAGUGACAACAACAGCAGUGCCAGGAGCAAGAUGGAUUCUCAGAGGGUUGGAGAGGCUCAUGGUAUGGGCACGCAUGAGCUUCAAACCAGCAAAAUCCAGGUCCUUGGUGCUAAAGAAGGGGAGAGUCACUGAUAAGUUCCGCUUCAAGUUGGGAGAACAUCAAAUCCCGUCAGUCACUGAGAAACCAGUGAAGAGCCUCGGGAAGGCCUUUAACUGCAGCCUCAACGAUAGAGACUCCAUCAGGGAAACCAGCACUUCCAUGGAGGACUGGUUGAGAGCCGUGGACAGAUCAGGGCUCCCUGGAAGAUUCAAGGCUUGGGUCUACCAGCAUGGAAUCCUACCAAGACUCCUCUGGCCCCUGCUCAUCUAUGAGGUCCCCAUGACGGUGGUUGAAGGUUUAGAGCGAAGGGUGAGCAGCUAUCUACGCAGAUGGCUGGGACUGCCACGCAGCCUAAGCAACAUCGCUCUGUAUGGGAACACCAACAAGCUCAGACUGCCUUUAAGCUCAGUGAGGGAGGAGUUCAUUGUGACACGGGCACGGGAACAUCUGCAGUACUCUGGAUCCAGAGAUGCGAAAGUGUCCGGGGCAGGGAUUGUCGUCAGGACAGGGAGAAAGUGGAAGGCAGCAGAGGCAGUCCAACAAGCUGAAACUCGGCUGAAGCACAAGGCCAUCCUUGGGACAGUAGCGCAAGGCAGAGCCGGACUUGGAAGCCUAACAGCAACCCGUUACGACUUGGCCAGCGGGAGGGAGAGGCAGAGGCUGGUGCAGGAGGAGGUGCGUGCUUCAGUGGAGGAGGAGAGAACCAGCAAAGCAGUGGCCAUGCGGCAGCAAGGUGCCUGGAUGAAGUGGGAGCAGGCGAUGGAGCGGAAUGUCACUUGGAAGGACAUCUGGACGUGGAAUCCCCAGAGAAUCAGAUUCUUGAUCCAAGGGGUUUACGACGUUCUUCCCAGCCCAUCUAACUUGUACACAUGGGGCAGAGUAGAGACACCUGCAUGCACGCUGUGUUCCAAGCCAGGGACACUAGAACACAUCUUGAGCAGCUGCUCCAAGGCACUAGGCGAAGGCCGGUAUCGAUGGAGACACGAUCAGGUCCUUAAAACCAUUGCUGAGGCAAUCAGCAAAGGGAUCAAAGACAGCCGAUACCGUCAAGCCACAGCCAAGGCUAUCCACUUCAUCAAGGAAGGACAAAGGCCAAAGGGAACAUCUAAGAGCUGCUCUGCUGGGUUGCUCUCAACGGCCCGAGACUGGGCAAUGACAGUUGACCUAGAGAGGCAACUGAGGAUACCAGCACACAUCACUCAGUCCACACUGAGACCUGACAUCAUCUUGGUCUCUGAGGCCACCAGACAACUAAUCUUGCUAGAGCUAACAGUCCCCUGGGAGGAGAGGAUGGAGGAGGCUCAGGAGAGAAAGAGGGAAAAAUAUCAGGAGCUGGUGGAGCAGUGUCGGACGAAUGGGUGGAGGACCAGGUGUAUGCCAGUGGAAGUAGGCAGUAGGGGAUUUGCCAGCCACACCCUGAAUAAGGCAUAUGGUACACUGGGCAUAACAGGCGCCAACCGAAAAAGAGCCAUAAGCAAUAAUGUGGAGGCAGCAGAGAAAGCAUCCAGAUGGCUCUGGUUGAAGAGGGGAGAACGGUGGGGGCGGUAGCAUGCCACUUGGACACAGACCGGGGUUUGAUCAGCCUCGGUCGGGUCGCCUGGAGGAGGGUGUCUGUUGCAAGACCCGAAACA